AUGGCUGGAACAGAAGUUGCAAUUAAUAAUAAUAAUACAGAACGUGUCAACUCACCAGUAUUUAAAAUUUUUCACAAAUUCAUAUAUGUAUUGGCUGGUAUUUGCUAUGUUUCAUACUUGAUUUAUUUAGUAAUCCAACUUGCAACAGAAUAUCCAGUGGUUAUUACCAAAUACAAUUUUGUAAAUAACAUCGAUGUACCAAACAUGGAGAUUUGUUCUCCAGGUUUCUUUGAAAUAUUACGCUGCGACACUAAGCUUAAUAAUUCAACCAACAUCCAAAAUGGAUGCCAAAAAUACAUUUCUGGCCCUAAUAUUAAUAUUACCAAGGGUGCUGAUGAUAAGUACUGCUGUUAUACCUUUAAAGCCAACAAAACUAUAGAGUAUGCACAUGAAAAGCCAGAUGGCUUGAACAAAUUGAAGCUUUUCUAUAUGAUUAAUGCAACGGAUGCUGAAAAAGAUAAAGUUGGUUUAGCUUUAAUUCAAAUAAGAGUUUCUUCACCUGACUUGCUGGAUGUCAGUGAUAUGGACAAAGCUGUUCGAUCACGUAUCAAACUUCAAUGGAAUUUUAUGCCAGGAAUAAUAGGCUAUGUUUCAUUAGUAGGAUUUUUACACAUAAUUAUUGAUCGUUUUCCAGUUAUUCAUAUUAAUUAUUCUCUAACACUUCUUUUAGAUCAAGUUCAAGACAAUCAAUUUCCCUUUAACCAGAAUCCAUCAUCUGUACCAAAUGGAACCAAUGGUUAUUUUUCAGUUGCUGCUGGGGAUUUUGUACAGGAAGAAAUUUCUGAAAGGCGCACAAGUACUAUUCUAAGUAGCAUUGCAUCAGCUGGUGGUGGAUUGGGUAUUAUCGGAGCCAUCCUUGUAUGGUUGUAUGGAUCCAGCAGUUUGGAUGAGUGGGGGUUUGCAAGAGGAAUGGUAGUGGAUCCAUUGUAUUGGGUAGAUAACUUGGAAAGGGGUCGUGAAAGUUUGAAAAGGUAUUGGAAAAGUUUGGAAGCAUGGUAG